AUGACAGGCAAUUAUCAUCGAAUACUGUUAGGUGCGAUAAUUUAUUCACUUUUCUAUGGCGCAUCAGUAAUUAAAGCCGAAGAUAAAGCGCGUAUUGUUUGUUACUUCAGUAACUGGGCGAUUUAUCGUCCAGGCCUAGGCCGUUAUGGCAUUGAAGAUAUUCCAGUUGAGAUGUGUACGCAUUUAAUUUAUUCAUUCAUCGGUGUUGACGAUUCUACAUGGCAAGUUUUGGUGAUCGAUCCCGAGUUGGAUAUCGAUGAUAAAGGCUUUAGGAACUUUACAAAUCUUCGUAAGAAAUAUCCCGAAGUUAAAUACAUGAUUGCCGUUGGGGGUUGGGCUGAAGGUGGAAAGAAAUAUUCUCAAAUGGUGGCUUCAUCAGAUCGUCGAAGAAAGUUCAUCAAAAGCGUCAUUGAAUUUAUGAAAGAAUAUGAUUUUGAUGGCUUCGAUUUGGAUUGGGAAUAUCCCGCAGCAACUGAUCGUGGUGGAUCAUUCUCUGAUAAAGAUAAAUUUUUCUAUUUUGUUGAAGAACUUCGAAGGUCAUUUGAUAAAGAAGGAAGAGGUUGGGAAAUUACGAUGGCUGUGCCAGUCGCUAAAUUCAGACUACAGGAAGGUUAUCACGUCCCAGAACUUUGCGAACUUCUUGAUGCCAUUCACUGCAUGACUUACGAUUUACGUGGAAAUUGGGCUGGUUUUGCUGAUGUUCAUUCGCCACUUUACAAACGACCUCACGAUCAAUAUGCGUAUGCAAAACUGAAUGUCAAUGAUGGAGUUCAGUUGUGGGUUGAUAUGGGAUGUUCACCCAAAAAACUUGUUAUUGGAGUUCCAUUUUAUGGAAGAACUUUCACAUUGAGUGCUGGCAAUAAAAAUUAUAAUUUGGGAACUUACAUCAAUAAAGAAGCUGGUGGAGGUGCACCCGGACCAUACACUAAUGCUUCAGGAUUUUUAGCAUAUUACGAGAUUUGCACUGAAACACAAGAUAAGGAAAAAGGUUGGACUGUGAAAUAUGACGACGUUGGAGAAUGUCCAUACACUUAUAAGGGAACUCAGUGGAUUGGUUAUGAAGAUGAAGGUUCACUUCAGAUAAAGAUGGAUUGGAUUAAAUCGAAAGGUUAUGCUGGUGCUAUGACUUGGGCUAUUGAUAUGGAUGACUUCCAAGGAUUGUGUGGAGAUAAAAAUGCAUUAAUGAAUGUUUUAUAUAAGGGAAUGAGAAAUUAUCGUGUGCCUGAACCUUCAAUUGUUACGACGCCUCGUCCUGAAUGGGCAAGACCACCAUCAACACAAUCUUCAGGAAAUGAACCUGAUGUUCAAUUGGAACCCACGACAAGGAAGCCAACAACAAUGAAACCAGCUACAAAGAAGACAACGACAGUUAGAACCACACGAAGAACCACCACCGAAUUGCCAAUUGAAAUGACAACAAAUGAAGUUAUGACAACAAGACGAACGACAAGAAGGAAGAAGAAGAAGACAACUACUGUUCCAUCGACAACAACAACAACCACUGAGAGUGUACCUGAAGAAGUUGGAAAUGAAAAGCCUGAAUCAGCUUUCGAAGAAGAAGGAGAAACGUCUUCAGUGGGUAAACCAGAUUGUGCUGAUCCUAAUACUGAUAGAGAAAAAUUGUAUGAAGAUGAAGAUGAUUGCACAAUCUUCUGGCGAUGUGAUCAAGACAGAGCGGCGAGUUUCAAUUGUGAAACUGGUCUUGUGUUUAAUAAAAAUGGCUGCGAUUGGCCAGCAAACGCCAUACGUGAAAAAUGUAAAACAUUGGAUGACUUUAAAGACGAUGUUGAUGAAGAUAAAGUUGUGGAAAUUAAAACAGAAAUGAUUGAAAUGGAAAAAGUAAGAGGUGAAGAGACGAAAGAUGAAGUUGUGGAUAAAGUAAAAGAAGAAGUCGUUGAACAACCGAAAGACAAAAUUUUUUGUUUCAGUUGUGAUGUGAUGAAAGUCGAAUUUUUACUUAUGAAGCUGCUGAUUUUUGUUUUUUCUUUUGUUACGAUGAAGUUGGUUUUGCUUAACUUGUUGCUUGUUGGACUUUCAGUUUACAUAAACUUCUCGAAGGCGAAUUUCGUAGCUUUGCAAGAAGGUUUGAGGAUUGGCGUAGCGUCGUCAGCUUAUCAGAUUGAAGGUGGAUGGAAUGAAGAUGGAAAAGAAAUGUCAAUAUGGGACACUUACACCCACAAUCAUCCAGAAAUCAUCCUUGAUGGAUCUAAUGGUGAUGUCAGUGCAAAUUCUUAUCAUUUCUUUAACAAAGACAUUGAAGCAAUCAAGGAAGUUGGAUUUCAAUUUUACAGAUUUUCGAUAUCUUGGCCACGAGUCAUGAAAAACGCGACAUUCCCGAAUCUCAAGGGUCUUGAAUAUUACGACAAGAUCAUUGAUAGUCUUCUGGAAAAUAAUAUCGAGCCUAUCAUCACCAUGUACCAUUGGGAUCUCCCACAAUUCCUUCAAGAUUUUGGUGGCUUUGCAAACCCAUUGAUUGUUGAUUAUUUCAAGCUUUAUUCUGAUGUCAUUUUUGAACAUUUCGGUGAUCGUGUUAAGAAAUGGAUAACGUUCAAUGAACCUCACAACUUUUGUUUAGAUGGAUAUGGAAUUGGAAUUAAUGCACCUGGUCUUGCAGCUUCAGGUGUUGGCGAAUAUUUAUGUGCACAUUAUGUUCUUCAAUCUCAUGCUGCUGCUUUUCAUUUGUACAAGGAAAAGUAUUUUGAAAAGCAAAAAGGUGAAAUUGGGAUUAGUUUAGUUUCUCGAUUCUUCUAUCCGAAAGAUGAAACUGUAGAUCAGAGUUUAGUGGAGAGAAUUAUGCAAUUCAGAUUAGGUUGGUUUGCAAAUCCAAUUUACACAAAAGAUGGAGACUAUCCGAGUAUUAUGAUUGAUGUUAUUGGAAAUAAAAGUAAAGCUGAGGGUAGGCCAUGGUCGAGACUACCGAAAAUGUCUGAAGAAAUGCGUAAAUCGUUGAUUGGAUCUGCAGAUUUCUUUGCAUUGAAUUAUUACACAAGUCGAAUCAUCAAACCGAGGGUAGAAACACUCAAUGAGACUUCAUUUGAAAGCGACACUGGAACUGUUUACUUGACUGAUCAAAGCUGGUUGCAAGGUAAAUCUCGUUGGUUGUUUAGUGUACCUGAAGGUCUUCACGACGUUCUUCAAUGGAUUAAAGAAAAAUAUGACAAUCCCAAAGUGAUGAUCAGUGAAAAUGGCUUUUCUGACGAAGGUGAACUUGAAGACGACACAAGAAUAAAUUAUUUUAAAGAUCAUCUGACAUCAGUGAUAAAAGCUCGGCGAAAUGGCUGCAAUGUUGUCUCGUACACCGCAUGGAGUAUCAUUGACAACUUCGAAUGGGCCAAAGGAUAUACUGAAAAGUUUGGAAUAUUUUCUGUCAACAUGACGAGUGAUCAGAGAGAACGAACACCUAAAAAGUCAGCAUUGUUCUUCAAACAUUUAAUUGCAAAUCAAACAAUGAUUUAA